AUGACAGAUACAGAUGAGAGGAGGGCACAAGCAGAGGUCAUCUGGAAAGACUGUAUUUGGACAGCCUCAGCAUGGACCUUGGUGAAUCUCUCCAUCCAUAUGUCUGUUCAUUCAGAGAUAUACAACCCUCAGCUUCAUCUUUACUCUUCAAACUACCACAACUUACCUUCCAACCACCACUCUGAUGAUAUGCUUUCCUCAGGGUACAUCACCAGGAACCCCUUACCCUCUUCCAUAGACUCUGCCACUUUUAAUGUUGAUGUUUUCUCUAUGAUAAUGAGCUGUGUUGGCUGUUCCUUGGGGGUCUCUCUCCUCCCUUGGCUUUCCCAACAUCAGCAUCUCUUUCUUUCUUCUGCUUCUGAGAUCUCUUCUGUCUCACUCCCAAGUUCCAUCACAGUUCCAUCCACAGCCAUCUUCAUUGCUCUUUCUCCGGGUCUCUGCCCAUCCCAAUCUAGCCUGUAA